AUGUCCGCUCAACUAUCUAAGAAUGAUGACCCCUAUGCAGCGGGCUCACACGCCCGAGUUCAAGGGCCAGCCAACGCUGCCACAUUUGGGUUUGACCUCGCAACACAGCACUUAUCCGAUGCAACGUUGCUACAAGCACAACAGCACGUGACUGUCGUUAGCUUGGAGCUGCACAGUCAUUCGCAGGGGGCACGGGAAUCUGACCCGCGCCACGACCCAAUAUUAGCCCUUAUUCUGUGCGCGUGGUUUGACGAUACGAUUCAGCCGCUGCGGCAACGCAAGCUUGUCCUGUGGUGGGGUGCAGCGGACACGGAACCCGAACACGAGCGCUGGGGCCUCCCAAACUUUACAGGCGUCCGUUUCGACUCGGAAGAGUUGCUUCUGCGCGGCCUCGUGGAUCGCAUCUUGCGUUGGGAUCCUGAAGUUCUCGUGGGCUAUGAAGUGCAGAUGCGUUCGUGGGGCUACCUUGUCGAGCGGGGAUGGCACCUGGGGGUGGAUGUGUGCAUGGAACUUUCACGCAUUCAUGAACAGCCCACCCCUGAGAAGAGUCGGCUCGAUCCGCACGGUUACCACGCGCGCAAGACCUCGGAGCUGCGCGUACCAGGUCGCAUCCUCCUCAACCUGUGGCGCAUCAUGCGGCACGAACUGGCGCUCACCUCUUACUCAUUUGAGAACAUUUGUUACCACGUGCUCCAUCGCCGCGUGGCGCACGUGCGCCAGCAGCAGCUUCGUGACUGGUACCAGAGCGCCUCCACGCGCCAUCGCUGGCGUACGCUACACUACUUGGGCGUGCGUGCUGAGGGCAGCCUGCAACUAUUGUAUGAGCUGAACAUUAUUCAACGCACAAGCGAAUUUGCCCGGCUCUUCGGCAUUCUCUUCAACGAGGUACUGACGCGUGGGUCGCAGUUUCGUGUUGAGAGCAUCAUGGUGCGGCUUGCCCAUCAGCGGGAUCAGAUCAUGCUCUCCCCCUCCAAGGUGCAAGUGCGAGAGCAGCGCGCGCCAGAAGUUGUUGCGCUCAUUUUGGAGCCAGAGUCUGUCUUUUAUGAAUCGCCAGUUGUCGUGCUGGACUUUCAAUCCCUCUACCCCUCAAUGAUGAUUGCCUACAACAUGUGCUACAGCACCUGCCUUGGCAAGGUCAGCUCAGAAUCGCCUGGUGAGCCCUUCAAGUUUGGCGUCUCGGAUCUGCAGCUACCUCCAGGCCUAUUGAGUCGCCUGGUGGCGCAGGACUUGGUCCAUAUUUGCCCCAACGGCACUAUGUUUGUCAAGUCUGAAGUGCGUCAUGGAGUCCUGCCUGUCAUGCUUGACGAGAUUUUGCGAACCCGGGUGAUGGUCAAAAAGGCCAUGGGAGGGGAACCGGCAGGCGGAGCAGCGCACCGUCUCAUGAACGCGCGCCAGUUGGGCUUGAAGCUGAUUGCCAACGUUACAUAUGGCUAUACCGCAGCCACCUUCUCCGGCCGCAUGCCCUGCGUGGACAUUGCCGAUGCCAUUGUUCAGCAAGCUCGGGAGACGUUGACGAAAGCCAUGAAGGUGGUUGAGACUCACCCAGACUGGCAUGCCAAGGUGGUGUAUGGCGAUACGGACUCGAUGUUUGUGCUCUUGCCUGGUGCCACCAAGGAAACGGCCUUUCGCAUUGGCCGUGAAAUGGCUGCCACAAUCUCUGCCCAGUAUCCAGCACCCGUCCGCCUCAAAUUCGAGAAAGUGUACCUUCCUUGCAUCUUGCAGACCAAGAAGCGCUACGUCGGCUACAUGUAUGAAACAGAGACUCAGACAGAGCCCGUUUUUGAUGCCAAAGGCAUUGAGACAGUGCGCCGCGAUUGGUGCCCGGCUGUGACAAAAACGCUGGAGAGAUCUCUGCGCAUCCUCUUUGAGAAGCGUGAUCUGUCGCUUUUACGUGCCUAUCUCACGCGAGAAUGGAUCAAGCUACUCAAGGGCGAAUUUAAUUUGACCGACUACAUCUUUGCCAAGGCCUACCGAGGUCGUGAGUCGUACAGCUCCAAAGCCUGCGUGGCUGCUCUUGAAAUUGCCAACAAACGAGCUCGGGUGGACCCGCGCGCUGAGCCACGCGUGGGUGAGCGUGUGCCAUACGUCAUCGUGUGCGGCCCGCCAAAAGCCACACUCAUUACGCUCGUCCGGCAGCCCGACGAACUGUUGAGUGACAGCAGCCUCAGGCUCAACGCUCACUACUACAUUCGCAAACAAAUCAUUCCCCCGCUGGAACGCUGCUUCAACCUACUUGGUUUGAGCGUAAUUCCAUGGUACACAACUCUACCCCGCGUUGAGCGUGCCGGUGGCAUGGUCAGUGAUAUGGCCUCCCACGUACACAAUCGACACACGUUGUCCCAAUUUUACGCCAGCGCACACUGCAUCGUGUGCGAUGCCUUGACUCGGGGUCGCUUGUGUUCCGACUGCCAUCGCGACCCUCAGCGAUCCGUGACCAUCCUGAUGGCUCGAGUCAAAAAAGCACAGGAUCGCUUGAGCGUGCUGGAUCGCAUCUGUCGACGCUGCAUGCAUGCGUGGAAUGCUGAUCCUGAUGCAUGUUGUAGCUUAGCCUGUCCAGUCAUGUUUGAGCGUCGUCGUCAACAACAGCGUUUGGACGUUGCUCUUCCCAUCUACUACGAAGAGUUUGGCGAUCCAGACCCACCUGUACAUAGCCAUCAUCCAUAA